GGGACGCUGCCACCCCGGAGCCAGCAGGAAAGCCACACCCAGCACACACGGAUGGCCCAACUCUUUGCAGCCCAGAGCCUGCCAAGAUCAGUGUUCGGGACCCGUCGACGCGCCCCUUUGCAGGAUAAACCAGAGCAGCGGUUUCCAAGAGUUGUGCUCCACUUCCUGAGCGUUCGUCUCCCUGGCACCCUUGACACAGUCGACUGUGUUUUGUAUCGAGUUGGUUGAAGUUUCUUGCCCUAACUUUUACCAUUCAACAGGAUGGUUGUAAUUCGGGAGAUCGAAGCCGGAGCUUGCGAAGGGCAUGUAUUUAAUGGAAAUGAAUAACUCAUCUUGGGAAAGCAAUGGCGAAAUUAAACACAAAGCACAGAGUUUGUUCUCGGAAAUCUUCAAUAUCUUCUCUCCUGGCAAGCUGCAGCCUGAGUGGUAGUAGUUCCUGCAGUUCCGACAGCUCGUUUCAGUACAAGGACCAACUGUACAGCUCUGCUUCUGAGGCGCUGCAGGCCUACAUUGAUGAUUUCGACUUAAGCAGAGGACAUCCUGGUGCAAACACUGACAAAGUGAACAUUGUUGGUGAGGUUGGUAACCGGCCGCAAUUUUCCAGCUGUGUGCUUACACCAAACAAUGCAUUGGCAAAUCUUGAUGACAAACGGCACUUUAACCCCUUAUACUAUAGAAGAGAGACUAUUAAUGACAUGGACUCCAUUAGCCUAACAACCGAUGAUUUGUUAAGACUUCCAGCAGAUGGAUGCUUUUCCUUCACUCAUGUUACAUCUGAUCACCGACAAAAGAAGAAAAGCAAGAAAUACAUUGGAAGACAGGAUUCACUGGACAUUAAAGAUAGUCCGAGUUUUUAUGCUCCUAAGAUCAAGGAUAAUACACUUCCUCCUUAUGUAUAUACAAAUAUAAAUGGAAAGAAGUGUGGUAGGCCCAGAACCCCAAAACCUAUUCAUAGAAAAAGUAAAUGUGUUUCGGAAUCAUCUUUAUCUUUCCCUAAAGAAUCAUCUCUCAAGGACCGUUCAGAGCACAGUCUUGAAAAGAAUUAUCCAAGAUGGCUCACUAGCCAGAAAUCUGACCUGAAUGUCUCAGGGGUAACUAGUGUACCUGAUUUUAAGUAUCCAAUUUGGCUCCAUAAUCAAGACUUGCUACCUGAUGCAAAUACUCCAAGGGUGUAUAAAUUAUUUCAUGAAGAUGCAUGUCACCCUAUACAUAGUUACCAAACACAAAGAACAACUCAGCCUUUAAAUAAAGUAGAUUGUCUUGAGUACUCUUUUGAGCCUUCAAACGUUACAGAUUCCUUUAGUGAGUAUAAAGGAUUAGUUAAUGAAUUUAAAUGUCAGUGUGACAAUCCACUGCUCCCCGGACAGUCCCAAAAGCCAUUCUGUGGUGACAAAAUUGAAUUGCUCAUCCUAAAGGCUAAGAAGAAUCUCAAACAGUCUACUGAAGACUUAGCGAAGCCUGUGGAAAAGGACGACAGUCCUUGCUCCUUAGAUAAACUUGAAGCAGAGCGAACCUGGGAAAAUGUCCCUGUUACUUUCAAAUCUCCUGUCCCUGUUAAAGCUGAUGACAGUCCUCAACAAAAUUCCAGGACACAGUGUCUUGAGGACUUUUUAAAUGAUUGUAAUCAGAGCUCGACUUUAUCUGGAGGCAAACAUCAUGGUCCUGUGGAGGCCUUGAAACAGAUGUUGUUUAACCUUCAAGCAGUACAAGAAAGUUUUAAUCAGAGUAAGAGUACAGAGCCAGAAGAAAAGAUUAAACAAGUGUCAGAGGAUGAUUUUUCUAAACUGCAGAUGAAGGAAAACAUGAUUCCUAUUACUCGGUCUCUUCACAAGGCCUUAGAACAUUUAUCUCGCCUGAGAGACCUGGUUGAUGAUACCAGUGGGAGACAGUCACCAAAGAUGUGAAGAGGAAAAUAAGCCUUCACCACAAUAAAGAGUCACCACACAAUGAGCUGUGUACUCUUUGCUGUUCCUUACACUGACAGAGUGAAAUAAGUCAUGUGCUACUCUCUGACUAGUGUACUUAUUUCUAAGGAUCUGAAUGAAGUUGGGAAUAUUUGUUGGCCUGAUUGUAUAUGAUUAUACAUUGGAUCUUCAUACCAGAAGAUCUUUAACAUUCAGAAGUGGAUCAUCUCCCUUCUCGCCAUUCACCUGGAUUUAGUUUGUAUCGACGUUCUUAUCAUUUGUCAUGUAAUUCUUCAUUGUAAAGUCUUUAGCUUCUCCCCAGAUCUUCUGAAGUUUAGAUUUGAAUGUGCGUGUACUGAAUGUUUUCAGGAAUACCUACAUUGUUGUAUCAUAGGGGACAUUCUGUUACUUCCGAAGUUUCAUAAAUUGGUUAUUUAAGGUGACCUGUUGUAAAUAGUUGUGACUCACUGUUUAUGGAGUGUUCUUAUUAUGAAACCAUGUAACCUUUUCAUUUACUUAAUUCAAUUAAUUGAUUCUUUGUAAGAUAAUCUUGAUAACACUUAACACUUGACAAGUCAUUUUACAGAGUAUAUUUUGAAUUUAAUAUUUGAUAUGAAGUUUCUCAGAUUUUAGAUUUGGAUUAACCUCAACCAAUUAAAAACUAUGACGUUAUGACAAAUCUAAAACUAAACAAAAAAUGAGUAUAGAAAAUCUAAAAACAAUUAUAAUUUAAAUCUAUUUACUCUAGUCUUCCAAAUUUAUCUCUAGAUAGAACUGAAUAGAAUUGUGCUUUGCAGGUUCUACUAAGCAGAUAUUAAUAUUAAGUAGAAAACAUUUUCAUCGAGAAUGAAAGUUAUGUAAUAAAGCAUAAAGAACGCAUUUCAAAGCCUCAUGAAAUUAUAGUGUAUGGUCAAAUACUGCAAAGUAACAUUUUACCCAACUUUUUGAUGAAUAAAUUUGUUAUAUAGAAUUUCUAAGUAUAUAUGGCUAAAUACUUUUUUCAUCUAGUAAGGCACUUUUGACAUCAAAUACAACCAAGUAGGCCCUGUCUUUUGUGUUCCCUGGCAUUGAGGUUCCACCACAAGUCUCUGGCUAGGCGAGAAGCUCUUUACUCACAUUAAGAUCUCUCUGCUGCUGACACUCUGUUGUGUGGUAAGUUCUCCUGCCUGGUAUUAAAAGGGAAGAUUGUAACAGGAUAAGCAUCAGGUAUGUCUGGGAGAGCCAUUUUACCUAGUAAAAUAGCCUAAAGGCAAUUUGUAAAGAGAGAUCUAGGUUAUAAGUGCCAAUAUAUUUGUCACACACAAUACAUACUAUUCCUAGAAAGCAUCAGAAAAACAUGGUGCUGCAGUGACUAAGAUUCUUUUGGUCAGUACUCUCUUUGCAAGAGCAUUAUCUCCAAUACUAAAUAUAACCAGCUCACCCAAACCAAAGUACAACCUGCACUUUAAAGCACUUCAUAUUACCAAAGAAGCACUUGUUUCUUUAUGGAGUAAUUCAGCAUUUACUUAAAUAAAGAAAUUGAUUUAAUAGGUUA